AUGCCACCAUCCGCUCACAGUUCAAGGAAAAAUACGGUUAUAACCAGUCAUACAUCGAUAGGGUCCUCUAUAAUGAUGGCAUCUUCAUCCAAUAAUAGUUCAAAUUCACAUAUUCCAAAUGUUAUGAAUUCAGCAGUUACUUCAAAGGAUUCCUUAUACUAUGUUUGUCUGAACGUAAAGAAAAGGUUGGAAUAUGUCUCUCAAUUACAGCCAUAUCUAAAUUUAGCAUAUUCCUCUAGCGAGUUGUUAAGUGAGAGACAAUCUUUAUUAUUAUCUCAAAGACAACAGCAACUUCUGCAGAAUAAUAAUAAUAACGUUAAUGUUAGAAAUAGUACCAAUAGUAGUUCUACUCCAACUGCCUCUAGGAUUAGUACAAUGUCUACAAACAGUAUGAGAGAAGAGUUUUCUUUAGAUAGUGGGCCUAGUCUCACUAAUAGUACAAAUAACGGUAUAAUGGAAGAUACUCUGUUAACUUUCAGUAUGGGUAUUCUACCAAUAUCUAUGGAUUAUGAUCCUGUAACUCAAUUAUCUCAAUUAUUCCAACAGGGGUCUCCAUUAUGUAUCAUAUUUAAUUUGGUGAAACCACAAUUUAAAUUACCUGUUGUGUCGAGUGAUGAUUUGAAGAUAUGUAAAAAAUCCAUCUUUGAUUUUAUUUUAGGUUGUAAACAACAUUUUGCAUUUAAUGAUGAGGAAUUGUUCACUAUAUCUGACGUUUUUGCUAAUUCUACAAGUCAAUUGAUUAAAGUUAUUGACGUGGUAUCUACUAUAAUGGAUUCUGCACCAGAGAUUUUCCCGCCAAAGGAAAAGAUUCAGAUAGAAAUAGAUCAAGACAUAAACAACAAGAUGAAUAAAUAUUCCAAGAAAUAUGAUGAAUAUACUAAGAUAAUAAAAGAGUUCGUUAAUACAGAAAGAAAAUAUGUACAUGAUUUAGAGAUUCUGGAGACUUACAAGAAUCAAUUAUUAAAUGCAAAUAUCAUCACAUCAGAAGAAUUAUAUAUGUUAUUCCCUAAUCUAUUUGAUGCUAUUGAUUUCCAAAGAAGAUUUUUGGUAUCUUUAGAGAUUAAUUCCUUAGUGGCACCAACAAAACAAAGGAUCGGUGCCUUAUUUAUGCAUUCUAAAUGGUUUUUCAAAUUAUACGAGCCUUGGUCUAUUGGACAAAACGCAGCAAUAGAAUUUUUAACCACCACAUUAGAAAAUUUAAACAAAUCAAAUAUUGACCAAUCCAAAUUUGUCAUUCGUAAUAAAUUAGAAUUACAAUCGUUCUUAUAUAAACCUGUACAGAGGUUAUGUAGGUAUCCUUUAUUAUUAAAGGAAUUAGCAUCAUGUAACAUUUUAUCUGGCUCUUCAUUGAGUGACGAUAAUUUGAAAAAUGCGAAUGAAAGAGAUAAUAAUGGUAAAUCAAAGGAAUUAGAGAUUGCUCUGGAAAUUUCAAGGAGCAUUGCAAGAAGUAUUAAUGAGAAUCAAAGACGUACGGAGAAUCAUCAAGUAGUUAAAAAACUGUAUGGUAGGGUUAUAAAUUGGAAGGGUUAUAGAAUAGCAAAAUUUGGAGAAUUAUUAUAUUUUGAUAACGUGUUUAUAUCUACUAACACUUCGAAUGAACCUGAACGUGAAUUUGAAGUGUAUCUAUUUGAAAAGAUUAUUGUAUUGUUUCAACAGAUAUCUAGCAAUAAUGGAAGCGGAAGCGGUAAAAGUAAGACAUCUUCUUUGAUAUUAAAAAAGAAAUCGACCUCCUCAUCUGCAUCUUCAUCAUCCACGUUGAAUUUAUCAUCACAUAGUUCAAGCUUCCUACCAGGUGGUCUUUCAGGGAGUAAUAAUAAUAAUAAUAGUAUUGGUGGUGGUGGCAACAGCAAUAAUAAUGAUGGAUAUGGAAUUCUUAAUAAUAGUAACACUAGUUUAAUUGGAGGGUCAUCCUUUGCUAAUAAUGAGCCCAGAUUGGAUUUAAGGGGCCGAAUUAUGGUGAUGAAUUUGAGUCAAAUAUCUCCUAUAUCUAAUAGAUCUCUGGGUAUUACAUGGGAAUCUAUAAAAGAACAAGGUAAUUUUAUUUUGAAGUUUAAGAAUGAAGAGACAAGAGAUAAUUGGUGUUCCUGUUUACAGUCUUUGGUAAGAAACAUGAAGAGUGAAUCAUAUAAAAGUCAUGCUAGUGAAACUUCAUUUAUCUCGUCUUCAUCAAUAAGAAACAGUGAUAGUAACAAUACUACUCUUGUUGAAAAAUUACAUGAUAGUGUUUCAUCAUUCAAUAAUAAUUCCAUAAAACAUAUCUCUGAUAUGUUACCUAAACAGAAGAAAGGGGUAUAUAACUUUGAAAAUGAAUACAGAACAGUAUCAGAGAACUAUAAGCAUUCUAUCCCAGAGACAUCUAUUUUGAUAAGGAUAUCAUUCAAUUCUGAUUUCUAUACUAUACUAAUGGAAUUGGACUCGAGUAUGGAGGAGGUUUAUGAAAUGAUUUUGAAAAAAUUGAACCAUGUUGGUGAGAUCUCGAAGAUCAAAUAUCAGGAUGAAGAUGGGGAUUAUGUUAUAUUAGCAUCAGAGGAAGAUUGGUUGGUUGUUAAAGAUAUGUUAAGAGAGAAUGAUGAACGGAUAUUGAAUAUGAUUGUAUAUCCAAGGGAACAAUAA